AAAAAAGCAGUCAUCACUUCACUUUGAAAUUGUGAUAACCAUGAAAGAAAGUUAAGUUUGCAUUGAGAGUGUAAACAAGGAAAAAAAAAUGUUCAUAACCCUUCAACUAGACUCAACUCAUAGAAUCAUUAUAGCUUUGAAACUCUCAUAUCUGCUAUUUCUCCUUUCUUCAAUUCCUAAUGCCUUAGGCUACACUAGCAGAGCUCACAUCUUCAUUUAUGCUGGGUGCUCUCAAGAAAAAUACCAACCAAACACACCCUUUGAAGCGAACCUCAAUUCCUUCUUGUCUUCAGUUUCUGGUUCAUCUUCUGAGAAUUCCUACAACAGCUUUGCUAUUGGAAAUGGAAGCUCAUCACCAGCAGAGGGAUCCAUAUACGGGUUAUACCAGUGCAGGAGUGAUUUGAGGCCAAAUGAAUGCUCAAAAUGUGUUAAAAGUUGUGUUGACCAGAUAGGGUUGGUGUGUCCCUUGGCACUAGGGGCAUCUCUGCAACUUGAAGGGUGUUAUAUCAGAUAUGAGCAUGGUGAUUUCCUUGGAAAACCUGACACGAGCCUUUGGUACAAGAAGUGUAGUAAAGCGGUGACAAGUGAUGCUGAGUUCUUGAGGCGUAGGGAUGAUGUUCUUUCUGAUUUGCAAGCAGUGAAUGGAUUUGGAGUGAGUAGUUCUGGUUUUGCUGAAGGGUUUGCACUGUGUUUGGGAGAUUUGAGUGUGGCUGAUUGCUCCUCGUGCCUUCAAGCAGCAGUGGGAAAGCUUAGGAGCAUUUGUGGUUCAGCAGCAUCAGCUGAUGUGUUCUUGGCUCAAUGUUAUGCUCGCUACUGGGAAGCUGGCUACUAUGAUCAAGCAGAAUCUUCUAAUGAGGAUGACCAAGUGGGAAAAUCAGUUGCCAUUAUGGUGGGAGUGCUUGCUGGUUUAGCCAUUAUUGUUGUCCUUCUCUCAAUCUGCAGAAGAGCAUUUGGUGGAUGUAAUCUUCUGGUUCAUAAAGUGGAUCUCUCAUCACCUUCAAGAAAAGGCUGCAAAAUCACUUGAUCUUGUGAUCUCAGAACAAAAUGGGAUCAUUCUUUUUGAUAAAAUAAACUUAUUUAUUGCUUAUCUGCUAUAGUGUGCAUUUAUUUCUUAAUUGUUAAUCAAAUGUUCUUCUUAAGAGGAAGAGGGAAAUGUAGAUUUUGUUUGUUUUUUCAAUUUACUUCCCUAUAAAAGAGGGAAAAACUCCUCACAAACAGGAAA